CAUUGGUGUGAGGACGACAACAACUUACAGCGUUACGGGUGGCUAGAACAUGACGGCGAGUCGUUCGGCGUGCAGGAGAUAGUAGACGGUGGAUUAAAGCUUAAGACGACGUUUGUCAAACAGGAAUCAAACGACCUUGGGGGCCAAUGGACAUGGCGCAUCGAUUCUCAAACCCUGCCAGCAUCCAAUACGUCGCUCUAUUCAUUCGUCGUCUAUUUCGUUGUUCCAUCCGAGGGUUCUAGCCUGUCGCCUGUGUUCGACGUGUCCAAAGGGCGGUCUAAUCACGUGAUCGGCAUGGUGGGCGAAACGAAAGAGCUGGGCAAGUUUAACGUCGAAAUUUCCUACCCGAAGAAAAUCUUCGCCAGCAACUAUUUAGUAUCAAAGGCGACCGAUGUCAGUGUCAUGUCAGAGCUGAUAAUAUCUUCGACUGGUGUUAUGAAGGUUAAAUCCGAACACCAUGAUCAUUACUUGGGACUGGUUGCACCAACUUCCGAGGAUGGUUCUACCGUUAUUAAACCGAACGUUAUCGCCGUGCAGCUAACGGUGACCGGUGGCACCAGUUUUGAGAUUAUUUACCGGAUUUCGCUGCCUGACAAAAAUCCCAACCUUUCCGGCCCUGCCUUCGAUGCAGAACUUAAGGCUCACAGGAAAAGGUUUGAAGACAAGUUCGAGUCUUUAUUCCACCUGCAGCAGAAGCAAUAUCCAACGAUGUAUGUCGAUGUGGCUAAGUACGCGCUGAGCAACAUGCUUGGCAGCAUCAGUUAUUUUCACGGCCAUAUGGCCGUACAAUCUACAUUCACCAAGAAGCCAGUUCCGUACGGCCCUCUGACGCUAUUUAGCGGCGUGCCGUCGCGAUCGUUCUUCCCACGAGGUUUUCUGUGGGAUGAGGGGUUCCACCAGUUGCUGUUGCGUCAUUGGGACGCCAACUUGAGCCUGUCGAUCGUCGCUUCGUGGCUCGAUCUUAUGAACGUCGAAGGAUGGAUACCCCGCGAAGUGAUCUUGGGCAGCGAGGCGGUCCGCAAGGUACCUCAGGAGUUCAUCAUCCAGCACAACAAUGUUGCUAACCCGCCCAUGUUCUUUUACCUAAUCGACGUGAUGACUACCGACAAGACGUUUGUGGAGGCGAACCGGCCGUUGUUACAACGAAUAUACCCCAAACUAAAAAUGUGGUUCCGUUGGUUAAAUACCACGCAAGCUGGCAAACGUCCUGGCACGUACAGGUUUGAGACAAUUUUUUCAUAG